CGCGCUGUGGGCAGCCCCGCGGGGUCCUCGGCCGCGGGGUCCUCGGGCGCCGCCGGGAGCGCGGCGGGGGCGGCCAUGUUGGGCCGGGGGGCGGCGGGGGGCUGCGGCCGCCUGGUGUGGGCGGCGAGCCGGGCCCUGAGCCUCAGCCACAGCCGGGGGACGGUGGUGGUGGAGCGGUGGUGGCAGGUCCCGCUCAGCAAAGAGGGGCAGCAGCCACGCCUGCACCCCCGGCGGCACCGCAUCUACAGGCUGGUGGAGGACACCAAGCACCUGCCCAAGAAGGAGAUGGAGCUGAUCCUCACCCAGGCCGUGGAGGGUUUGGGGAAGCGGGGAGACGUGGUCAGUGUGAAGAAAUUCCUGGGUCGUAACAAGCUGCUGCCCCAAGGGCUGGCUGUCUAUGCGUCACCGGAGAACAGGAAGAUGUUUGAGGAGGAGAAGAAUUUGCACCAGGAAGGGAAACUGGAGAUGCUCCAAACCCAGAGCGGUGAGAAGACCAUCAAGUUCCUCAAGAGCUGCCGCCUCGAGGUGGGCAUGAAAAACAACGUCAAGUGGGAGCUGAGCAACGAAAUCGUGGCUCGCCACUUCCUCAAAAACCUGCGGGUUUUCGUGCCUCCCCACGCGCUGAAGCUGCCGGAGGAGCCCAUCACCAGGUGGGGCGAGUACUGGUGCGAUGUGACGGUGAAUGGGUUGGAGACCUCCGGGGUGCCGAUGUCGGUGGUGAAGUUCCUGCGGCCCAAGACCAAGCGCUACAAGCACUGGCUGGCGCAGCAGCAGGCCCAGCUGGCAGCACGGAAGGAGGAGUUCCUCUGAGUGGGGGGGGCCGCUGCCACCCCCCCGGCACCCCCCCAGCACCCCGCUUUGGUUCCAGUGGGUGCCGGGGGGACAGCGGGGUGCAGCUUGGUGGGGGGAGCCUGGUCUGUCACCGAAUAGAGGGCUCGGCGUGGUUUGGAGCUUGGGGGGGCCGGCUGGGAUGUGGGAUGCUCCGGCGCAGCCCCCCCGGCCCCCUGCCACCUGCUGCUGUCCCCCACGAGCACCGGCGGGGAGGGGGCAGCAGCGGGUGGGGGGGGGUCUUAUUGCCUGUUGUCAGGGUGAGACCCCGUGCCCCACCCCCGCUGCCCACCUCUCAGCUCCUCCUGGAUCCGGCCCGGCAGCCCCGGCUGGCUGAAGUACGCUGUGGGGGGCGCACAGAGGGGUGAGUGGGUUCCCCCCCCCCGUGCCGUGGGGCCCCCUCAGUGCCCCCCACUCACCGGUGGCGAACUCCAGGACAUCGUCCGGCCGCUGG